CCCUCUCUCUCUCCCUAAUCGAUUGCACUGUGAUACUGUCAAUCUUCACGAGCAUAUAUACAUUUUGCUGUAUCAAUCUCAUUUUAUCAAUUCCGUGCGUCAGAUUUCGUGGAUAGUUAUAUUUGGUAAGUACAGUUAAUUCCUAAUCUUCCGAUGAUUGCUUGAAUUCCUGUAAAAUGUUGAAUUCUUUCCUGUUUUCAAGUUUUUAAAAAUUGAAAACUAAUUGAAAUCGAAAAGUUUCUAUCUAACGGUUGAUUUAUUGCUUGAGGAGUUAUGGCGCAUGACGAGUGAGAGUGAUGUGAUUUAUGUGAAUUUUCUCCAUUUUAAAUUAAGUCGAGUGUAAUUUGGGAAGUUGAUGGUUGAUUUGUUGAAUAGCUCUGAAUCCUCUGAAUGAUUGAAGAAACAAAAAGUAUCUUCCUCUUCUUCUUUAUUCCACCCUUUUCUGCUUUUAUUUAUUUUUUUGACCGGAAAAAGAAUUUAAGAAAUUUUAGUUGUUGAUUUGCUGUUGUUUUUUCCGUAUGCAGAAUUUUUUGAAUUUGUUGAAACUGAUAUCUAUUUGAUUCUGAAUAUUUGAUGAUCUUGUUUUGUAAUUGUUGGUGGAUGUGAGGGUAGGUUGGUCAUAGAAGAGUCAUACUGACUCACAUGAAUACUUUUUUGUAAUAAUGGAUCAGAAACACAUUGAUUAGUGCUUUUGUUUAUUGCAUGCCUCAUGAUUCCUGCUAACAGUGAAGGUGAUGUCUGGAAUCAUUACUCAUCUUUGCUGAAAUCUAAAAUAGUCUAUUCUAUAUACUUCAAAUUAAUAGUCAAGUACAAUUUUGUGAAGUGUAGUUGUUAGUAAAUUACUCUGUAGUAGGGACUUCAGAUGUUCUGGAUCCCAAGGGUUGUUUAUUCAAGAAUAUGUAUGCAUUUUAAAACCUCUUUCUUUUAAGCUGGGAUGAUUUUUUAUGCAUUCCUUCUCUUUCUGUUAUAAUACAUGCUUAAUACUAUUAACAUAUGUUUACAUAUUGAUAUUUAAAACGUUAGUCGUAGACGUUUCAAUUCCUCUAAUAGUGCUGCUUGAGCUCUUUUACCUACUAUACAGGUCAAAAUGAUGUUCAAAAGAGUAUUGCUUUUGUUUUUUGUUUCACUUUAUGUUAUAUGCUGCAAUCUUUCUUUUGCUGAUGCGUUAACUUUUUCUCCGUGCUAUCUUUAUCUGUUUUCCCACUCAUCACAUUUAACUUGAUCACAAUCUGUUUGCUUGGAUCGUAAUGAGUACAUCUGUUUUAACCAUGUAUCAUUAAACAGACAUGCUUAAAUGAUUAAUGAAAUUGAACUGUUAUGAAAUCUUCGCUAAAUGCUUUUCAUAAACUAGUUUGUUUUUAUUUGCUUCCUAACCAUUGCAAGCUCAUUAAUACAAAUAUCUACUUUUUUUCCCUUUCUUUUCCCACUAGUAUUAACCCCCGUGCUAUGCACUGGCCUUACGUUUUUUAAAAUAACGAAAACAAAGUGUAAAUUAGAAUAAAAUAUAAAAUAAAAUUAUUAUGUACACAUUAAAAAAAUAUAGUAGGUAAUCUUUUUAACGGUGAUUGCAUAUUUAACACAAAUUAAAUAGUAGUACAUUGUUUUUGGUAGAAAAACCGCUAAAGCCUCCCAAAAAAACUAACGAAUAUAAGAAACACCUAAUUUAUCAUGUAAAAGCAAAAUAUUAAGCUCUGUGGGUGGAUUCUCCAGCACAUAGAUGACUUUGUGUACCAUAUAAGCAUAAUGUGAUAACUAAUCAGCAACAAAGUUUCUUUCCCUAUGCACAUGUCGCAAUAUGACCGAGUUAAAAUCUUGAAGCAUUUUACGAAUUCUGAAUACUAUGGCUCGAUAAUUAGUAGAGCUUUCAAAGUGUCCCAAAAUCAUUGCUACAACUACAUAACUAUCACUCUCUACUUCCAAAACUUGCACCUCCAAUCUUCUAGCCAACUCCAAUCCAUGAAAAAUACACAAAAUCUCAGCAAGCAAAAUAGAACAAACCUCGUUAUUAUCAACCAAUUAAUGUCUCCAAUUAUCUGCAUCAUCUCUAAUCUAACUCCAAUCCUCCUCAAGAUCCGCAGUAAUUCUCAUCAUGAUCUGUCGUAGUUCAAAGCCUCUCCACCGUGCAUCCCUAAUUCUACCGCCCAACGCCCGCCUGCUUCAGCUAUCCCACCAACCUCGGGCAGCCGUCGCCGCCGCCCACACCGACAGUUCUCUCGGUCAGCCGCAGCCCGCCGCUUCACCAUUAUCUCAGAUCUCUCUCGGUAUCACGCCCCACCACAAUUGUUGCCGCCCCAGCAGCCACUGCAUUCGGCGUCUGGACUCGCCGCCGUCACCCUCUGUUCCUUCAUGCCGGCGUCGCCCUUGUUCCCGAAACGGGUAGAUCGAAAGAUUCUAUGAUAAGUAGCAAUUGUUGGAGUUAAAAGUUCAGAGAGAUGAAGAAGCUAUUCUUUUUCAAAUCACAAUCAUCAAAUAAUGUCUCCCAACCGUCAACAGAUAAGCAAGUUUACUGGGAGAAACCAACAGAGAAAGCUGACAAGUCUGUUAAAAACAAGCAUGCCGUGGAAGAUCAGGUAUUUGGUAGCACACCCUCUCUAAGAAGAAGCCUCUCAUUUUCAUCCGGAUCUUUUCAUGAUGCUGGAAAAGGGAUGAGGAACUACAGUGAGCAAACUGGUUCUCCACAUAGUUCUGGUUAUUAUCCAAACAAGCAACCAGGACACCAUUCAUCCAGAUAUCGUACUCUUACUCCAGAGAGGCAAACCAGGGAAAAUUUUGUAGAUACAUCUAUGGUUCGGAAUGCAAAGAGCAUGGAGCAAUAUGGCUGCACUGCUUCUGGAUCUCUCUCUGAUCUGUCAGAUAUCUCCUCUAAUUGCUCUAGUAAGGUUUUGGAUCGUUACAUUAAUGGAGAACAGAUGGAAAGGUUUGAAACCAAAAGCAAUUUCUCCACGAGAAGCCAAUUAGAAAAUGGAAAUGUGGUAAAGAAGCCGCCAAAUAUUUUUGCACCUGUUGCAAAUGAUGCUAGGAAGCAAAAACCUAAGUCUCGAUCUAUCAGAGAAUCCAAGACAUCACAAGUUCCGCUUCCCUCAAAAGAUGGGUGUAAUAAUGGGCACUGCAAUGAAUCACCACGAAAACUAGCCAAACAUGUGGUUGAGAGACUUUCCCAGUCUAAGUUUCAGCCUGAGAUGAGGUCUACUGAAUUUGACUCUGAGAAUCCAAUCACCAUUGAAGAUGUCUAUGGAAGGAACUCGAAUCGAUAUGCCAAUGCAUAUCCCGAUGAAGAUUCUCCAAAGAAUUUUGCAAUGGAUUGGCAUGAUGGGAUUUGUGAUGGGUCUCGCCAUGAUGAAAGUUCUGAAUACUUGGAAAAGGACUCUUUUUCUGGUGAUAAAGACAUGGCUGGAGAAAAUCUUGAUGCUGUAACAGACAAUGAUGUUGAACUAUUUAAAAAAUUCAAGGAAGCUGAGGACCGUGCUCUAACGCUGUCAGAAGAGCUUCAAAAGGGAAACUUUUUUCAGUUAAAAGGACUUGGCGUGCCAACUUUGAUCCAGGCAAUUAAAAGCCUAGCAGAGGAAAAGGUAAAUCUGGCUGGAGAGGUUUCAGCAGUUUUUGAGGAUAGGAUUGCUGAGAGGGCCUUGUUUAGAGAAAAACUUAAGCUUGGAAGGGCAGACCUAAAAGCACAGUCCCGCAAAUUGGUGAAGGAAAAAAAUGAGAUACAGGUAGCUCUUGAAAAGGAAUUAGACAGGAGAUCAGCAGAGUGGUCACUCAAGCUCGAGAAAUUACAGUCAGAAGAACAUAGGCUUCGGGAAAGGGUGCGGGAACUAGCAGAGCAGAAUGUUUCCCUCCAAAGAGAAGCCUCAACCUCUAGUGAAAGGGAAAUGGAAACUAGAAGCAAAUCUACCAAUGCGGACAAACAACUAGUUGAAUUAUCUACUCAACUUAAAGAAGCUAGGGAGGAGAACCUUUAUUUACAGAAAACAAUAUCUGAGCUGCAAGACAAAACUAGGGCAGCAGAAGAAGAAGGUGAUUGCAUUCGAAGGAAGUAUGAGGAGAAGGUCUGUGAGUGUAAGGAUAUGCACCAAGCUGUCAGUAGGCUCCAAAGAACCUGUAACGAUCAAGAGAGGACAACUGAGGGACUACGAAGUCUAUGUGAGGAACUUAGUAAGAAAAUUUCUAAGGAUAAUUUUGACUUUGGAAUUGCUAAGCUUCAAAUCGAACAUGUUAGGCUGACAGGAGUGGAACACGCACUUAGGAAGGAGGUGGAAUCAUAUAGGGCUGAUGUUGAUUCACUUAGGAGAGAGAACAUUGAUCUGCUCAAUCGUUUGAAAAAUAUCGGGAAGGAAGGUGGAUUUUCAACUUUUAAGUUGGACCGAGAGCUACAGAAUCGCAUUUGCUGCUUGCAAAGUCAAAUACUCCCACUGCUUACUGCGACCAGCCAACAUGGCAGGAAGUUUAUUGAAUAUGUUAAAACCAAUGGUGUCUUCCCAUUGAACAAAGGGCCAGGUUCCGCCACAUGUUUAGAUGGCCAAGUUCUUGUUGAAUAUGAAGUGAAGCUCCAAGGUCUAGAGCGGGCAGCUGAGAACUUAGCAACCAGUACGAAGACCAUGUCUUAUGUCCUUCAAGAGAGGUCCACUUUGAUGCAUGAGAAGUCUGAACCAGUUGGUACUGAUAAUCAAACACCUGUCUUGAGAGUUGAAUCACAGACAUCAGAGGACAUAAUCAGAUCAGAGUUGAAAUCAGAGACCCUGUUGACCAGUUUGCUGCGCGAGAGGCUUUAUUCCAAGGAGCUUGAUGUGGAGCAGUUGCAAGCCGAGCUUGCUGCUGCUAUUAGAGGCAAUGAUGUUCUCAAAAGUGAGGUCCAAAAUGCAGUGGAUAACUUCUCUUGUGUAAACCACAAGAUGAAAGAGGUUGAACUUCAGAUGAUAAAAAAGGAUGAGACCGUCAGUCAGCUCCACGAGGAUCUGCAAGACUGCAAAAAGGAGUUGGCCAUACUGAGGGGGAUAUUACCAAAGGUAUCCGAAGAGAGAGAUAUGUUGUGGGAGGAGGUAAAGCGGCAUACUGAGAGUAACAUGCUGCUGAAUUCUGAGGUCAACGCGUUGAGAAAGAGAAUAGAGGCCCUUGACGAAGACAUACUAAUGAAAGAAGGCCAAAUCUCCAUUUUAAAAGAUAGUGUCGGAAAGCCUUCUGACCUCCUUGCAACUCCGGAGCCAACCCUCGAAUUCUGCUGGACCGAUGUACGUUGAUUGGCAGUGACCGUAAGUGUCAUCUUUGUUUCGAUACAGUUUCCUGAUCUGUUUAUUCUUGUGAUUAUCCAAAGCUCAUCAUCUCAAGCCAUUGUUUAUAGACAACUUCUUUACACUGCAUAGUUAUAAGUUUUUGUGUGAUUGCAUUGCAGCAAUCUUAGACAAUCAUAUUCUGUCAAAGCUACAUUUAAAUUGAUUGAAUUAGAUAUGAUUUCUCUCUCUCCUAUUUUUUGGGGGGUCUGUUUUUCUUCGCAUAAA